AUGCCGCGCCAACCCCGUCUCUCCAAGUCGAUAUCGUUUCUUUGUCUCCCAGAACUGCCGCCUGACCACAACCAUACCGCCUCAUCUUCGCUGUCGCAAAAACGACUUCCGCACACCAUCACCACUUUUUUCGCGCAUAUAGCACCACCAAAAACCUUCUGCUCGACCGCACUCAGGAGAAGACCAUCAUCGUCAACUCGAGACACCAACAACUCGCCUGUGUUAUCCUCCAACAUCCAUAGACAUCCCCAAGUGUCAUUCCUUACUGUUCGAAGCCUUUGCGCAUGCACCGCCGACACCAGCGACACUUCUCGUUCCCUUCUUCCGCAUGCCACAUCUGUCACGCCGAAACGACUUUGCAGGUCUGCCCAUGCACCACAUACGCAUCUGUCGAGUUUAUCUCGUGGUGCAGUACCAUUCCGUUGCGCCACCCAAUUCUUUCUGGGCGACGAUAUGCCUGGGAAGGCCUUCGUUGACACCGUUUUCUCCGACGUCGCCUUAAAGACUGUCGAAGACUUUUUACACCAGACCUGGACAAUACGCGGCGUAUAA